UCCAGCUGUCAUUUGCACGUGUAAACAUGUUUGCGCUGCAUUGUGAAAUAAUUUCCCAUUUUUCCCCGUGAAAGUGCGUGAAGAGUCAUGGAAGGACAGUUCAGUGAUGCCGAGGAGGAGGCUGAGGUGAUACUGGACAAGUUGGCGGAAAAAUUGAAAGAAGUCACGACGAUAGACAGCGAAAUCUUCAGGAACCUCCCGGAAGAUGAGGUGUUUGGCGAGGAAUCUCCAGACGAGGAGGAGUUCAGUGAGCCUGAGGAUGAUCUGCAGCUGUAUGAGGAUCGUGGGAUGGUGAAGCAGUCAUCUGGGAUGAACACACAGCGCGCGCCGACGAGAUUGAGCAGUUUCCAGCCCAGUCAGAGCGUGAUGUCGAAGUACUCUUCCCGGAUCCACGUGGGCGCCUUCCAGGGUGCCGCGCAUGAGGUGAAGAAGGCCCUGGACAAGAGCGAUCGCCGCGUGGACGCGGAGCGGACGAAGCUGAAGGACAAGAAGGACAGAGCGACGAUUGACAAGGUGUUGGACGAUCGCACGCGAAUGGUGCUGUUCAAGCUCUUCCGCCAGGACAAAGUCACCAAGAUUGCCGGCAACAUCAAGGAGGGCAAGGAGGCGAAUGUGUACCUGGCGCUGAGCAGUGCGUACGCGCACGAGGCGCUGGCCAUCAAGAUCUUCAAGACGUCCAUUCUGGACUUCAAGGACAGGCACAAGUACAUCGCGGAGGAGUUUCGCUUCCGGCACGGCUAUGCGCGCCGCAAUCCGCGCAAGAUGGUGCGCCUGUGGGCGGAGAAGGAGAAGCGCAACCUGGAGCGGAUGGCCAAGGUGGGUCUGCCCGUGCCGGCGCCGCUGGAGAUCCGCGAGAAUGUGCUGGUGAUGGAGUUCAUCGGGGAGAACUUCGAGGCGGCGCCGCGCCUGGCCCAGGUCACGCCCAGUGUUUCCAAGGCGCGUGAGUUCUACUACGAUCUCGUGAAUCACAUGUGGGACAUGUACAAUCUCUGUCGCCUCGUGCACGCCGACCUGUCCGAGUACAAUCUGCUCGUGCACCGCGACAAGCUCGUGAUCAUCGACGUGUCGCAAUCCGUGGAGCACGAUCAUCCCAAUGCGCUGGAGUUCCUGCGGCGCGACUGUCGCGAGAUCACCAAGUUCUUCCGCAAGCACGGCGUGGCCGUGAUGACGGUGCAGGAGCUGUUCCACUUCAUCACCGACGCCACUAUCACGCAGGCCAACAAGCACGCGUACUUGCAGCAGAUGCUGGAAACGAUCGCCGAGCGCAACCUCGACGAUCUGCCAGACGAGGAGAAGGUGCAGGAGGAGGUCUUCCAGAGUGUCUUCAUCCCGAAGCGCCUGGACGAGGUGGUGCACUUCGAGCGCGACAUCCGCCAGGCGCGCGCCGGCGCCGGCGAUCAGCUCAUCUACAAGACAAUCACCGGUCUCUCAUCGACGCUAGAAGUGAAGCAAGUGCCGGACAUUCUGCAGCGAGACUCUGGCGAGGAGGAUUCGUCUUCCUUCAGUGAUGAUCACGAUGACUAUGACGAUGGUGGGAAGUUCCAGAGCAGCGCUCGGCCGCGCGACGAGUCGCCGGACAGCAAGAAGGCGCGGAAGAAGGCGGUGAAGGACGCCAAGGCGGAGAAGCGCAAGACAAAAGUGCCGAAACACGUGAAGAAGAGGAAGGAGAAAAUUGCACAGAGGAAGUGAAUGAC